GCACCGGCCAGAUGCCAGCUCGACCACCACACUAGCUAGUUGCUUCACCUUCACCAACUACUCCCACCACCACCACCACCACCCACCUUACAUAUCCUGUAGCUAUCUAGCUGCCUCAUCCCGGCCACCGCCUCCCGAAGCACAGCAUCCCCCACAUCUCCACCACCAUGGCCGGCAGCAGCAGCAAGCUCCUGUUCGUGUGCGCCGCCGUCGCCCUGGCGGCGGCGAUGGCCCCGUCGCCGGCCGCCGCGGCGGGCGACGGCGGGUUCACGACGUUCAAGCUCUACUUCCACGACAUCGUGGGCGGGACGAGCCCGACGGCGAUCCGCAUCGCGCAGGCGGCGUCCUCCAACUCCUCCUCCACCUUCUUCGGCGCGGUGGUGGCCAUCGACGACCCGCUCACCACGGGGCCGACCCGCGCCGCGGGGACCGAGGUCGGGCGCGCCCAGGGCACCUACACGUUCGCGGACCAGAGCACGUUCGGGCUCCUGAUGGUGAUGAACUUCGUGUUCACCGCCGGCGAGCACAAGGGCAGCAGCCUCUCGAUCCUGGGCCGGAACCAGGUGCUCGCCGACGUCCGCGAGAUGAGCGUCGUCGGCGGCAGCGGCAAGUUCCGGAUGGCGCGCGGGUACGUGCAGGCGCACACCAUCGACUCCGGCGCCACCUCCGGGGAGACCGUCGUGGAGUACACCGUCAACGUCAAGGCGUAGCCGCCGCCGCCGCCGUCGUCUCGCUCUCCGGCGGCUGCUGCUGCUGCUGCCGCCUGAGAUGGGUUUCAGUCUUUGUACUUUAGCUUGUUGUUCUUCAUUCUGAUUGCUGAUAUCCGUGAGAGAGUUCAUUCAGCAAGAUGGAUUCUUGUUGCGAGAGCAGUAGUUAGUUGAACGGGGGGUUCGGAUUUGGAGAGAUAUGCACGAAAUUCUUGGAGAAUUCGCAGGGUCGGGUCGAAAUGUCUGAAGAAGAGAGGUUAAUCGGGUUGGGAACUUGGGAUUUCUUUCCGGA